CUCUUUGCCUGGUUUGAUGGAGGUUACGUUGCGCUUGAGCAGUCUACUUGGAAACUGGGCAGUCGUACUUUCCUUCUUCCAGGAAUGCACAAGUCUACAAUAUUUUCAGGUGAAGGUGGAAAACAAAAGUGAAAAUCUAGAAAUCGUCAGAGGAGACACUUUAAGAAACACUGCGAGUGUCUUCCUGAGGAAAAAAGCGGUGCUCUCUCUUGGGUGCAGUCAUUUGUAUUAUCCGUCCAAAAUGCACUCAGAGAUGCUUGAUUUACAGUGCACACUAGGUAGUCACGAAGUGGUCCCCUGUAUCAUCCUCAUCAUGACAGACAACGCAGAAAUCUAUAACAUAGACUGGAGACAGUUCUUCAAUUUUUACGAUCAGCUGAAAGGCCUUACUGAGCAUUGUCUAGAAUAUGAUCUGUCCAUGGAUGCCCUGCUGUCAGUUGUGAAGUCUGUUCCUGGUCUUAAAGGUAUGAAUCUGGCGUUAAGAUUCUUGACAGUUGAUGGUGCUUUCAGCAUUGUUCAGCUUAUGCUGACCUGUCCCAGCCUGCAUAAGAUUGAUGUUACGGUGCUGGCUCAGCAGAGUAAUUUCACCAGCAGCAGGGAGAGUGACAGUGAAACGAACAGCGUAUCCACAGAUCACAGUGACUCAAGUGAAUCAACAGACUCCAGUGAGAGUGACAGUGAAACGAACAGCAUCUCCUCAGAUCACAGUGACACAUGCAGUUCAACAAACAGUGUUUCUGAAGAGAUAGAAAAUUACGAACUGGAUCUCUGCUCUGAGCUAAUAGUGAGGAAAAACGCCAGUAACAAAUUCAAGUUGUCUUUGAGAUGUAAUUCCUCGGAUCCUGAUACAAAGGCUGUUCUUGCAUACAUUUCACUCAUCCUGACUGAAUACACAGAAGAAAGUGAGAUUGACUGGAGAUGCUUCUUUCAGUCAUACUACGACUCAAAAGGGUCAACUGAGAGAUCCACAGAUUUUGAUGGAAAGGUGAACAACAUUUUGCGUUUCCUGCAAGAUGUGUCUGGUCUGAAGGAAGUGGAAAUGGGCAUACACAGUCUAACUGAAACCUGGGCUUCCUGCAUCCUUCACCUCUGUUAUGCAAACAAUAGCAUUGAUAAUAUCUGCCUGCUGCUCGAAAAGGAAAAAGACAUGGAGAGUGCUUGCUCAUCUUUCACCAUUAGAAGAAACCACAUAGACUCCACGGUCACUGUUGAAAUCCAGAGGGUAAAACACACAGAAACCUCGCCAUCACUCAUUUCCUUCAAGGUGCCUGAUUCUGAGAUCUGCAACAUCAAUGGGCAUGACCUCCUUCACAGAAUGCGAUGUCUCAAAUGUAUAAAUGACAAACCCCUUGAGUAUGAGGAAGGCAUAAAUAAGCUGAUGUCUUUACUCCAUGGUAUUCCUGGUCUUCAGGAACUGGAACUGGAAAUAGGGACCCUGACUCGGAGCUGGGCUAACAGGAUCCUCACCUUUAGCACCUGUCCCAGUCUUAACAAAAUCUGUGUUAAAGGGCACAUGUUAAUGGAGGACGCAAUCUUAACAAUACAGAAUGACUGGAAGCGUGACUGCAUUGUGGUUCUGAAAGGUCUGCUGCUAGAAAAGGAAAAAGACAUGGAGAGUGCCUGCUUGUCUUGCACCAUUAAAAGAAACCUCACAGACUCCACGGUCACUCUUAAAAUCCAAAGGGUAAAGCACCAAAAAACCUCGCCAUCACUCAUUUCCUUCAAGGUGCCUGAUUCUGAGAUAAGCAACAUAAAUGGGCAUGACCUCCUUCACAGAAUGCGAUGUCCCAAAUGUAUAAAUGACAAAUCCUAUAACUAUGAGGAGGAAAUGAAUAAGCUGAUGUCUUUCCUCCAUGGUAUUCCUGGUCUUCAGAAACUGAAACUGAAAAUAGGGAACCUGACUCGGAGCUGGGCUACCCAGAUCCUCUCCUUUAGCACCUGUCCCAGUCUUAACAAAAUCUGUGUUAAAGGGCACAUGUUAAUGGAGGACGCGAUCCUAAAAAUAAAGAAGAAGUGGAAGCGUCGUGACUGCGUUGUGGUUCUGAAAGGACUGAGAUGCAGCAACUCAACUGACAGAUGCACAGAAGAAUACUGGUCACCGGAGAGUUUCCAGUCAUGCAACAAGAAGGUGAAGCUAUCACUGUGUAGAGGCUGUUUUUCAGAGCUGGAUGAGAGUUACAGUGAGAGCGAAAUAGACAUUUAUAAGGAGGUUUUUGAGGGAUAUGAAGAUUUUCGGGAACCUGAAUGGGAUGAUGAAGAGAUGUGAGACUAUUAAAUGUUAGACUUCUAAUGAAACAUAUUGACGAAAGAAGUCAACUCCAGGAUAUCUAAUAGUCUUUCUCCAAAAUGAAAAUAAGAUUGAAACAAUUGAACACACAAAUCAGAUAAGCAUUAUGUAAAUGUUUUGUAGUUUUAGGAGAGAAUAGCAAUGUUUUACUCACUACAUGUUUUUA